CCGGCAUGCGGAAGAAACGGCAGCCGAGAACACCCAGGUUGGUUCAGCCCAAUGAUGUAGCCCAACCUCCUCCUACACGACUUGUAGAACUGCUCAGUUACCACUGUGCGUUACCCGAGUCUAGGAACUCAACUGGACUAUCGCUUCUGGUGUGUGUUUUAUUUUUACUGCAGAUUGUGAAAUGCUGCUAAACCAGACUCCACUGUUUGAGCCCUCCCUGCUUCAAGAGCUAGACUGGAGUAGCAACACUCUCUCCUUCUCCCCCCCCAUCUCCCCCUCCAGUCCAGGGGACGGCCUGGUGCUCAGGCCGCUUUGUACGGCAGACUUCAACAGGGGAUUCUUCAAGGUUUUAUCUCAACUCACUCAGACGGGCGAUGUCACACCUGAGCAGUUCACGAAGAAGUUUGAGCACAUGAAGAAGACCGGAGACUACUACAUAGUUGUGGUGGAGGACACCAACCUGGGACAGAUUGUUGCCACGGCCACAUUGAUCACAGAACACAAAUUCAUCCACUCCUGUGCGAAGAGAGGCCGGGUGGAGGAGGUGGUAGUUAGUGACGUGUGCAGAGGGAAGCAGCUGGGCAAACUGUUGGUUUCAGCUCUCACUCUUCUCAGCAAAAAACUGAAUUGCUACAAAAUCACACUGGAAUGUGCACCUGACAAUGUGGCUUUCUACCAAAAGUUUGGAUACACCUCCUCACACGAGACUUACAUGCAGUGUCGAUUUUCCAACUGAGGACAACAGCGGCUUUAAACCUUCAUUCUGGGGGGGGGGGGCCGUGGCCGUGGCCGUGGCCGUGAACCACACCUGUGAGCCAUUCCUUAAUGCUCACCCUGUAUUUCAACAUGCAUAAAUGUAUGUUGAAGCCUUUAGCUCAGUCCAAUGGCUACCUCACCAACGUGAAGCUCUGUCAUCAUCUUCCCCCACCGAUCCGAAGAAAGAAAUGUCAGUUCCUGUAAAUAUAAUGUCUUAUUGUGGUACAUUACGAUGUAAAUAGCUGUUUACUAAAUUACUAAAGACUAACCUGUAACUGUCAGUAAAUACAAUUGCUUGGGAAAACCAAAUUUAAAUAUUUCUGAAGCAGCUACAUAACUUAUUAUUAUCUACAGCUUCUCAAGUUCACAACAAAUCCGAGUAUGCUGUACGGAAGUCGUUUCAAACUUGGUCUCACAGAUCUGUGCAUCAAGGGCAAGUCACCAAAGAGAAGUUUAGUUUCUUUAAAUGUGAUUAGUUAUUACUACGUUAAUAAUACAUAUCCUGUAUGGUACGGAGUGCUCUCCGUCUCAGCAGGCUUUUCUUUCUUUGACAGUAAUGCUCAAUGACUAUAAUGAAGGUUUGAAUACUACAACAUGAAGAAUUACUAUCAAGACUGUUAUAAUGUAUAAUAUUUGUAGCGAACAAACAGUUUAUAUUUUGUGAGGCAGAGGUGAACAAUUAGGUACUUAACGUUUUGUAUUGGGUCGGUAUUUGAGAAUUGAUCACAGCUGUGAUAACGAGUAAAACAUAUUGUGAUGGGAAAUGGAUAAAAAUGACUUUGUAAAUUAACUCUUAUUUAAGUUUGUUAUUCUGGAGAACAGGGGAACAUAUUUAAUGUAAUUUAUUCCAAAUAUGUAAGACACAUAAUAUAUUCUACAAUCUACCGUGAUUCUUUGCUUGUGUUUAUAGUCUUAAAACAAAUCAAUUACAUUUGUACUGCGAUGCUGAUGCAUACAAAGUGUUUUAUUGUACAAAAAGAGCUCUGGGAUGGACAUGUCUAUUAAUCAUAGUUGUAUCAUUUUCAAACCAUUAAGCAGGUAGAUGCAUCACUAGAAGGUUAGUAAGCCUCUGCCAUACAAAGGAGGUUGGAAAACCUGACCAAAUCUUUUCCAACAUUAAUUCUAAUGUAACUUCAUUUACAUAUUUAUGUCAGUGUUGUAAAUGCAAAUUUGUUUCCAAAAGGAAUUCUUAUAGAUUUCAGCCUUUCGGGUCGACGCAUUCUGCUCCCAAAGCUCAUCACACACUGUGUAGGAGGGUGAACUAGGAAUGCAUGCCAGUGGCUGCUAUUUAAGUCACAGCAAGGUCCCCAGAAAGGUUUGUUGAAACAAUAAGUAUAACUUGCUUCAAAUUGUAAAAUAUUUGACAGAAAUGCAAAGUUCAGAAGCACAGCAUUAUGUCAUGAUGUUAAAAACAACAGGUGAACAGGACUUAGUCAGACUUGUUUUUAUUAAGCAGAGUUGUUAUUUCCCCAUUCCUUACUAUCCCACAUUAAGCCUGAUAUUAGUCCAUAAUCCUAUUACUCCCAAAAUAAAGGCAUUAGCGUUUCCUCUUCUCAUGUCCUCCACUGGGCGACGUCUUGGCUACUUUCCCUUUUUGCCGACUGCCCCAUUCUGGUCAUCUACACAAAUUCAAGUAUCGAAAGUGCAUAAUUGCAAUACUGUCCCGCUGCAAAUGCAAAAUGCUUUAAAUACUAUAAAACUGCAAAAAAUCUCCGAUCAGUGCAUACAGCUCGAGAAAAAAAGGGAGUUAUCAAAUUAGCUCGAUCCCCUUCAGUACUCCAUGUCUCAGACACGAGUGAUCCCC